UGUGCAUCCUAAUCGGUUAGGCGACAAGCCUUCUAAAAUGACGCUGCCAUUGUUGACUAACUUAGCUAGCGUUAGCUGUUAUCAUUGUUGUACUGUCGCUAAUGCUACUAUAGCAGUUUGAUAGUACGAACAGUCGUUACCAUAGCGUGUACCUCUACCCAGCACUCCAGGUGUCAGUACACUAACGUAAAUUGAUGAUUUUGCAGUGACUCUGUUUGUGGUCCGCUGCCGGCGCUUGGUGCGCUGCCCGGUGAAGUUUGCUAAACCAGUUAGAACAGAAUAAUCAGCCAAAGUGCCUGAUUGUUUCAGACAGAGCGACUGGAGGACGUUUGGAAACAUUUUGACACUUUAGCAAACUGGACAGCUGGUCGUUAUUGGCACCAUUAUCUGGGCUGAUGCCGUUCAAUUGGAUUUAGUUUAAUUAGAUUCUAAUCGACCUGGUUCGUUUGACUGUGGUAGAAUGUCCUGCUUAACAGAGUUUGGGAGAGGAGCGGUGAUUAGCCUGCGGUGCACAGCCGUGUUGAUUUGAGCACGGAGAGGUGUGAGUGAAGGCUGAAAGAUGGUCUGAUGGACCGCCGCUUCUUCCUGACCUUCCUCUUCUGCACGGUACUGUGGAUCUUCUUCUGGGAAGUGCGCUGGAAGAAAGGCAAAGACAAUCAGAUUGAGGAAUGGCUCCAAGGACAUAGCCUCUCACAAUACACGCAUUUAUUUGAAGAUGUACAGACACUGGAGGAACUAAGCUUGAGUGUACUGAGUCGUCUGGAAGAGGUGGUGAAGGAACGGCAGCACUGGAGGGAGAUUGCAGAGGCCCACAUCCAGCUGCUUCGUGACUUUGCCUUCCAGGAGUGGCUGUGCUCCCAGAAUCUGGAGCACUAUUACCAUAUACUGAAGUCUUUGGGGUGUAUGAAUCUGGAUGAUCUAUCUCAGCUUGACAGUCAGCUGCACCUGUCUCUCGCUGCCUGGGGCUACUACUACGAAGACUACAUAAGGCUGUCCACAGGUAUCAAGAUCCUCCAAACCUCCAGGGGAAGCCGUGACCAGGAGUACGAGAUCCGGCUGGUGCACAGCCUUGCAGAGAGGCGUCUGAAUGAGAAGUGGUCACUUGCGGGAGCACUCUUAUUUGGCUGUACUGUGGCGCUGUGCUUCUUGAUAAGGGACCUCAUGUUUUACGUGAUUGGUGGAAUUACUGUUUCCAUCAUAGCGUUUGUGUUUACCAUCAAGUUCCUCUGUGAGCUUGCGGCGAGGGUGGUCAGCUUCCUGCAGAAUGAGGACCCAGGGCGCCGUGGUGACCGCAGCAUCUACGACUAUGUUCGGGGCAACUACCUGGACCCACGCUCCUGCAAGGUGUCAUGGGAUUGGAAGGAACCACAGGAAGUGGGACAGACUAUGAGCUUCCGGGUUCAGCUGUUCUAUAAGAACGGCCAGCCUUUCCCAGCCCAUCGACCAGUGGGUCUGCGGGUCAACAUCACACACAUUGAAUUGGCUCUGGACAUCCCUGUUACACAGGAGGUCCUGCAAGAACCAGAGUCUAAUGUAGUCAAAGUGGCCUUUACAGUGCGCAAGGCUGGACGGUAUGAGGUUGCUGUCAAGCUUGGUGGCCUGAAUGUAGCCUAUAGCCCUUACUACAAGAUAUUCCAGCCAGGUACAGUUGUUCCAUCCAAAACCAAGAUAGCCUAUCAUUUUUCCACCCUGGUGCUAACAAAUGGCCAGCAGCACACAUUGCAGAUUGAGCCCAGGGACGAGUAUGGGAACCCCACCAGUAACUCGACUUCUCUCACAGAUGAGGCCAACUACACUGUUCAUGUGCACUCUCUUGGCACUGUAGAUGAUGACAGUGUGGAGGACUACUACAGUAAGUCAGUUACGCUCAAUAAGCAGCAGUGCCAGGUUCUGCUGAGACUCAUUGUGAGGAAGACGGGUUGUUUUAGGGCCCGCAUCUCCUACAAAGACCAGCCCCUCAGCAAUGGGGAAUUUGACAUAAUUGUUCUCAGUGAGAAUGAGAAGGCCUGCGUGGAGAAGAACGUGUCCACUCCAGGCAUAAGUAUCUACUUUGAGGCGUACCUUUACAGCAGCGGGAACUACAGCAGUUCUUCGUGGCAGUUACCAGCUUCCGCUUUGCUGGCUCCCCAGCGGAGACCAUCCAUGGGGGAGGAGGAGGAUGAGCAUGACUCUCCAGUGGAGGGACAACCCGAGAAGGUCAAAAAACCAAAAAAGGUCUACUGCUACAUAUCGCCAAAGCAACUAUCAGUGAAGGAAUUCUACCUGAAAAUUAUUCCAUGGCGCCUUUUUACCUUUCGAGUAUGUCCAGGAACUAAGUUCACCUACUAUGGUCCUGACCCAGUCCACAAGUACCUAACCCUUGUGGUGGAUGAUGGGAUACAGCCUCCUGUCGAGCUCAGCUGCAAAGACAGAAACAUCAUGGCUGCCACCUUCAUUCGCUUCCUUCACAAGAACAUUGGCGGCUCUGAAACCUUUCAAGACAAGGUGAACUUUUUCCAGCGUGAACUCAGGCACAUUCAUUCUAAGAGACCUCGCACCAAGACCUGCCUAAAGAUCACUCGACACGCUAUUCUAGACUCAUCCCUAAAGGCUACCAGGAACUUCUCCGUGUCAGACUGGAGUAAAAACUUUGAGGUUGUGUUUCAGGAUGAGGAAGCUCUGGACUGGGGCGGGCCUCGCAGGGAGUGGUUCGAGCUCAUUUGUAAGACACUCUUUGACACCUCCAACCUGUUGUUCACCCGCUUCAGUGACAACAACCAGGGUCUUGUGCACCCAAAUGCUGAACGUUCGCCCCAUCUGCGUCUGAAGAUGUAUGAGUUUGCAGGUCGUGUCGUAGGGAAGUGUCUGUACGAGUCUGCGCUGGGUGGGGCCUACAAACAGCUGGUCCGAGCUCGCUUUACACGUUCCUUCUUGGCCCAGAUCAUUGGCCUUAGGAUGAACUAUAAGUACUUUGAGACCGACGACCAGGAGUUCUACAAAACUAAAGUCUGCUUCAUCCUCAACAAUGAUGUGAGUGAAAUGGACUUGGUGUUUGCCGAGGAGAAAUACAGCAAGUCGGGACAGCUGGAGAAGGUAGUGGAGCUGAUCUCAGGAGGAGCUCAGAUUGCUGUGACCAAUGAAAACAAGAUGCAUUAUCUGAACCUGCUGGCCCAGUACAGGCUCGCCAGCCAGGUGAGGGACGAGGUGGAGCACUUCCUGAAAGGUUUGAAUGAACUGGUUCCAGAAAACCUCCUAGCCAUAUUUGAUGAGAAUGAGUUGGAGCUGCUGAUGUGUGGCACCGGUGACAUAAAUGUACAGGACUUCAAAGCUCACGCUGUUAUUGUUGGAGGAUCGUGGCACUUCAGAGAGAAAGUGAUGAAGUGGUUCUGGGCUGUGGUGUCCAGCUUCACCCAGGAGGAGCUGGCCCGUCUGCUGCAGUUCACCACUGGCUCCUCUCAGCUUCCUCCAGGAGGAUUCAACACGCUAUGCCCCUCUUUCCAGAUUAUCGCUGCCCCAACGCAUAGCACCUUGCCCACCGCACACACCUGUUUUAACCAGCUGUGCCUCCCUACCUAUGACUCCUACGAGGAGCUGCACAAGAUGCUGAAGCUGGCCAUCAGUGAGGGUAGCGAGGGCUUCGGCAUGCUCUGACUCUGCCCACGCCACUGCACCCACCCCUGCAUUCAUUUACAUUUAAUAUUUGGGCUUCUUGUCGAGGAAUCGCCCAGAUUCUCUAUAAAUAGUCUCUCGGGAUGAGAGCGCAUUACAGAAACUUCUAAAAGGCUGAAGUGGACUAGCUACAGUCUAGUCCUCCUCUGUGUACAUAGAAUAUCCGCUUUGGUUGAAAAAUGGAAGACUGGUCUGCUUUGGGUAGUUUUAUUUCCUAAUGAUAAAAGUUAGCUAAGUUUUAUGUUUGAAGGGAAGGUGAUGCUAGAGCAAAGGCCUUGGGUUUUACUGUAUAACUGCUUCUUUUGCGUUUUGCAAACUGAGGAACACUUAACGUGCAGCAGCAGCCGUCAUGAGAUGUGGUUGAUGCGUGCAUCUACAGCACUUUGGCCUUAAUCGAUCAGGGACUGAUGUGUGUAUGUAAAUACUUUCCGUUGCUUGUACAGACUAGUGUGUGUGUACAUGGGUUGUUUUUUCAUUUGACAUUUAUGAAGAAGGGAUUUCUUUAUUGUUGCACAUUCAGUGGGAUGAAACUUUGUGUAAGUUAUAAGCUUUUUUUUCCAUGACGAGUUAAAUGGGUUUUAAAAGGAGCCAAGUAAUUUUUGUUGUAUGUUUUUAACUUAUUGUGUCUUGACAAAAUGUUUGUGUCGACCCAACUGUGUGUCUGGAGCUGUUGAUGUGACAUUCUAUAACCUGCCUUAUUCAUGCCCUUUGCCUCUGAUUGUAUCCAGGGACACAUGGAGGUGAGAAACAUAAUCACUGACUGCUAAUAGUUGCGAUGUUUCUGGCAGAGGUCACUGUGGAUGCUGGGAGAGCCCAUAUAUAACAAGCGUUUGUUAUAUAUGCUGUAUGAUUUUUACCUUCUCACUCAUGGGUUUACCUCAGACUCCGAAGCCCACCUAUGCAUCCUCAGGUGCACGUUCAUGCACACACGGCAAAGGUUGUUCAUAGUUGCCUCCUACACAUUUUAACUGUUUAGCCAUAUUAUUCCACAUCCUCCGUGAACUAAAGGCGUAUGUAUUUGUCGUUCCCUCUGUUUUUCUGUAAACUAUUUAUUUUUAUUGCCGUUGGUUUCAUCUCAACCAUCCAGACAUUCCCGUUUCAACGUUUACAUGUUAAUUAGCAAUUUUGUACUAGUUUGUGCUGCUGGUCAGAAAAUGUUUAAGGCUUUUAUGGAAACUUGUGUUUAAAAAAAAGGGAUAAAUCUCGAUAGUAUUUCAAUACUUCCCCAAAGAGCAUUGGAAUAAACUUUCAUGCUGUUCCUCACGUUGUUCUCAGUGUCCACAGGAUUGAACUCGGCCGCGAGAGAUUUAACGCAGUUUUCACCGUUUUACAGCAGGUCUUACACUUUAUGUUGGAUGUUUGAGGGAAAGAAAAUUCAACAUCAGAUUCCAUGGAAAAGCAUUUGUUUCACAGGUUUAAAAGGGUGUUUGUGAUCUUUGAUUUGGGUUGAAUCAUGUUCAAUUCAUACUGUGUGUUUUCAUCAAUAAUACCAAUGACUGAGUGACAUAUUUAGGUAUAAGUAGUUGAAGCAUCACAUGGGUUCAGUGGUUCCGUUAGACCACACGUCCAUGACGUCCUGUAGUUUUAUGGCCUUUCGUGUUUUGCUUUUUAUGAGGAUGGUUUCUGGGCUCAGUGGACUGAUUGUGACUUUUAGCAAUGUAGAUAUUGUGAAAUAUUUGCCUAUGACUCUGAAGCUGAGGAACUUUUUCCAUUAUCUUUUUUAAUGAAAAGCCACUGCGUUUGAAUGUUUGAGAUUUUCUGCUCUGCAGGUCAUUUGAUUAUGGGAAUAAAAACGAUGGACUAAA